UAGCUGUGACCUUGUGUCGUUGUACUUCCAGUGUUUCGAAGUGGUUUGUUGCGGAAGCAAUUAAAUAUAUUUGUAUUCCUUGGAGAGGACAUUUCAUCAAUAUGAAGAGGAAGUCACCAGUGUGGUUGGCUCACACACUGUCUUUUGCAUUGCUGAGAAAACUUGGCUUGCAAUGUAGAUUCCAAAGUAGUAAACGACCAACUGCGCCUCUUGGCUCUCGGAUUUUAUCUGAUCCUAAUAAAGUAUUUGAACAUAAUAUGUGGGAUCACAUCCAGUGGACACCUGAACAGGAAGAACUUGCUAGACAAAAAACUGAAGAAAAUUCUAGUGUUAGAGUCUCAUUGGAAGAACAAGUCAAAUAUAAGAAAGAUGCUACUACCUACUGGGAUGAAUUCUACAAAGCUCAUCAAAAUAAAUUCUUCAAAGAUCGUAGAUGGUUGCUCCUAGAGUUCCCUGAACUCUUUCCAGACAAAACGCUCAGUUGGAAUGAAGGGGUCAAAGAGCCAACAAGCAAUUCCAUACUUAGUUCUCAUGUUUCCUUACAAACACAAUACUCUGCAAGCCCAGAACAAGCAAAGUUGGAUGGUUUUAACAAGACAAAUGCUAAACAAAACAUUUCUGAAACUGUACAGAAAGUAAACGCCUUAGAACGAACAAAGAGAACGAACAAUGACAAAGACUUGGAACAUAAAAAGCAAGAGAGGAACAGGACGGACGGAUGGAAGAAUCCAGGGUAUUUUCCUGGUAUCGAUUUCACUUUCAGAAUUUUUGAGGUUGGAUGUGGUGCUGGGAAUAGUGUUUAUCCUAUCCUGAAUGAAAUUCGCAAUCCCAGUGCAUUCCUUUAUUGCUGUGACUUCUCAGCACGUGCAGUGGAGCUGGUGAAGGGAGAAAUAAAUUGUGAAACAGAUGAAUCUCACCCUUCGUAUAAUGCAUCCCAAUGUUAUGCCUUUGUUCAUGAUCUGUGUAAUGAAGCAGAUGCCACCUACCCGUUUCCAGAUGGAAGUAUUGAUGUCAUUCUUCUUGUGUUUGUGCUUUCUUCUAUUCACCCAGAGAGGAUGCAGAUGGUCAUAAAUAGACUAAGCAAGUUACUCAAACCUGGAGGGAUGAUAUUAUUUCGGGAUUACGGUAGAUAUGAUAUGACUCAGCUGAGAUUAAAGAAAGGUCGCUGCUUAUUUGGAAACUUUUAUGUUCGAGGAGAUGGUACUUGUGUUUACUUCUUUACAAAAGAAGAAAUUGCAAAUAUGUUCACCUCAGCUGGAUUGAAAGAAGUUCAAAAUUUAAUGGAUCGACGACUCCAAGUUAACCGCAAAAAGAGAAUUGCAAUGCACCGUAUUUGGGUGCAAUGCAAAUACCAGAAGCCCUCUGUAAAAUGUUUAAAUCAAGACUGAUGAUUUUUAUUUUCUGAUCUCCUUUAAACACUGUUGCUCCAGAUGGAAAAAGUUUCACUAUUCUGUGAGCUUCCUUUAUAUUCCUUUAAAGUAUUGGCAUUUUUUUUCCUGUUUCUUCACUGUUCAGUUUUACUUUUAUGUACCACAGUGAAUCUGGAAGAUGCUAUUAAAGUUUGCUUGACAUAUUUGACUGUGCUAUAUACCCCUAUGCCUUUUGUUACAAAUUAAAAAGAUAUUUAAACCAG